AGUUACGCACGCGCAGAUCUUCUGCUCUUGUCCAAUCGGAAGGUAGCAAGCAAAGGCGCGCGGCUCCCGUUUCUUGGAGCCCGCAUAUUAUGGUCCGCCUCUGUGCUAUGAACCAAUCCGCCUCAGCUUCCUCUAUAAUUUUACCCAAUCAGAGCCGGAGGGCGGAGUUCCAGCCGGCCGUGGGCAGAGCGUGCUUUUUCUCCAGCUCCAGUGUGGGGUUUGCUGCUGAGAGUUUUAUAUCCUUGGAUGUUUCUACUGACAUGGAGAAGAUUGAGGACCAGUUUGCUAACCUGCAUAUCGCUAGACGGUCCUCGGAGCUGAAAGAGCCCACUUACCUUCUUGGCAUAGACACAUCAAAGACUGUACAAGCAGAGAAAGGAGGCUUGGUUGCUGUCUUGGGUUCAAACGGGUCGAUAAGAAUAUAUGAUAAAGAGACACUAAAUCUGCUACGAGAAUUCAGUGGCUCUCCUGGGCUCCUUAAUGGAGUCAGAUUUGCGAAUUCCUGUGACAAUGUCUAUUCUGCAAGCACAGAUGGCACUGUAAAAUGUUGGGAUGCUCGGUUAGCUAGUGAAAAGCCCGCACAGUUGUUCAAGGGUUACCCUUCCAAUAUUUUUAUCAGUUUUGAUGUCAACUGCAAAGAUCAUAUCAUUUGUGCUGGUGCAGAAAAAGUUGAUGAUGAUGCCUUGUUGGUAUUUUGGGAUGCAAGGUUCACCUCUCUGGAUGUGUCUACUAGAGACCCACUUGGUGCCUAUUCAGAGACACACAGUGAUGAUAUCACUCAAGUACGUUUCCAUCCCAGCAAUCCCAACAUGGUUGUCUCAGGGUCAACUGAUGGUCUGGUAAAUGUGUUUGAUCUCAGUGCUGAUAAUGAAGAUGAUGCAUUGGUUGCCACCUGUAACUCCGUUUCAUCAGUGAGCUGUAUCGGUUGGUGUGGAAGAGAUUAUAAGCAAAUUUACUGCAUGACACACGAUGAAGGGUUUUGUUGGUGGGAUCUUAAUCAUCUGGAUACAGAUGAACCAAUUACAUGUUUGAACAUCCAGGAUGUGAGAGAAAUGACUGAUGUGAAAGGUCAUGUGGACUAUCUGAUUGGUGGCCUAUAUCAUGAGAAGAUGGACAGAUUGUUUGUCAUUGGAGGAACCAACACCGGAAAGAUUCACUUACUGAGCUGCACCGCGGCAGGACUGACCCACGUGACCAGCCUUCAUGGGGGCCAUGCAGCCACCGUCCGAUCUUUCUGUUGGAACGCAUCUGAGGAUUCUUUACUGACUGGAGGGGAAGAUGCACAGCUCUUGCUUUGGAAACCUGGAGCUAUGGAGAAGACCUUCACCAAGAAAGACAGCUUGAAAAUUGCAUCCUCUGUGCAGCAGCGAGUUCGAGUCCACAGCAGCGAUUCUUACAAGAAAAGGAAACAGCAGUGACGUCAUGUUGGGAAUUUGAAAAGCUCUUCCGGUUUCAAAUCAUUUUUUGCUACCUAUAACACAUCUUUUAAAAGCUUAUCUGUAAAAGCAGGCAGUUAGCACACACACCCCCGGCCCCCGGCCCCCACCCCAGACGAAUACUGAGAAUGGUUUAAUUCAGGUUCAGGCAUAUUCUACAAUAUUUUUAAAACCUCCAGUUGAGUAUAAAAAUCAGUGACUUGACAGGGAAAUUACAAGCCGCACUUUGAAACCCAUCUGUUGAGUUAGUAAAUGUUAGGUUUGAAGCAAUAGCUCUGAAGAGGAAUCUUUGGUAGCUAGCUGGGGAGGCAAGGAAACAGGUGGUUUGGGUUAUGGGUUUUAAACUCAGCGUCUUACGUUUGAAAUGACACACUUGUUCGUACAGCAUCAGGCUGUUCAAUCGUUUGAAGAGCGUUUGCCUCCUCACUACACUUACUGCAUCACCAUGGGUCCUUGAAAUCGAAGUGUUCACUGAGUCUGAGCAGAAGUUUACUCUUUUAGGAAUAAAGUAUAAUAUUUUCCUAAAAUGAGAAAAAUAUAUUUGAUAAUUACUUGUAUCUGUACAUUAUUUUUUUAAGUUAAUCAGGAGCAUAUGUACUUUAAUACACCACAUUUACUCUUGGUUAGCCAGCACCCAGGUACUUUGCUGAUGAAAAAAGAAAUUACCUUAUUAGACUCAUUUUGAGACUUAGUGUAAGACAGGCAAAAGAAAAUACGACAGCACAGCUAUUUUGUUUCAAAAUAGCCUUUUAAAAAUAUUUUAUGAUUAAAUAUUCUUUCUUAUUUCGCCCAUCAUUUUACACUUGAAGCCUUGUUUACUGCCUGUGGUGUGUGUGUGUGUGUGUAUGUGUGUGUGUGUGUUCUCUUUCUCCCUUGUGGGUCCCAGGAAUCACAGUCCAGUCCUUAGACUUCACCGCAGCCUCUACCUACCAGGCCACAUUUACUUCUAAUUUUGCCAUUUUUCUUAAAGAAAUGUUUUGUAAAGUGCCUUAAUAAAAGAAGUUAAGACUUUU